CCAUCUGGAAGCAGAUGAUCCUUCUCCUAACACAUCAUGAGAAGGUCAAUAGUAGCCUAAAGCUAUGUCACAAUGCCUACAUCAUUCACCUCACUUCAUCUCAUCAUGUAGGCAUUUUAUCCUCACAUCAUCACAAGGAACUCAGAGAUAGCAACUGCCAUGUGGAACAGCUGCCCAGGCUCUUCCCAAAGGAUGUGAGAAGAAUCAGGGAUGUGCUCAUGCAAGAGGCUCAGGCAGAAGCCAAAAGGUCCACAUUCAUUCAAAACCAGACUGUGGCUACCCUGCAGUGCCUUGGCUCUAGGAGUAAAGUCAAAGUGAACCUUGUGUAUUCAGAGAAAAGGUCAAAGACCAAGCAUACUCUGAAGAACCUGAGAAUCACUGCUGCUCCCUCCAGAAACAGCACUGACUCCCCAAAUUGUCACUUAACCCCCACAUCCAAGUUUCAGACUGGAUUCCUUCUAACAGGCAAAGCUUUUUUACCAGGGAUCUCCCAAUGUAAGGUCUAUGCAGUGAGGAAGGCUGCAUCAGAGACUUUUCCCACCACCACCACCUCCAUAACUCCUGGGGAAAAAGGAGACACAGAUGAGAACCUAAAGAAGAGGCAGAAAUGGAGCAUUGUGGUCAAAUUUCUGAUUGCUGUCACCCUGUUGCUCAGUGGAGUCACCAUCAUAGUGUUUGUCAUUUUUGAAGUCCCAUGCCUUAGCUAAUGCCGGGGAGCCAGAGUGCUAUGCCAAUGCCAGCAGUUGUGGAGAAGGCAAAGGAAGGAAGGCCAGCAACCUGGGGCUGCUGAAUCCCAGCUUGAGUCUCAGCCCAAGAAGAUUGGACAAGAUGCUCCCAACUCAUCAAACCCAAAAAAAGCUGCAGGGAUCACUAUCAUCCACGACACAUACUUCUGAAAAGCUCUUUUCUGCUUCACACAUUGAAUGAAGUUACUGCACUGUCUUCUCCCUAUUAUUAACCAAUACUGGCACUGUCCAAAAAAGUGAUUCUCAAAACUAUACCAACAGAGGAAAAUAUCUCACCUCAAGCCCUGAUUUAUUAUUCAAGCUGAUCCUGGAAGAGAUGGAACAGAUAACAAAGCAUGGAAGAGAUAGUUUUGAAAAUACAGUAGGUGGAGAGGACAGACCACUGGGGCUGCCAUUUGGAUAAACGAUUAUUAUUUGCACCCCACACUGAUUCACAACAUCACCUCCAGUUUAUCCUGCCAUCUGUGACUCAGUCUAACCACAAGACGGGAGGGCGGGGAGAAGCUUGCUUCUUCCCAAGACCACUAGGGAGGAUGAUUAAAAAUAUUCUAUAGUUAGGAGUUCUUAAUCUAGGACUGAUGCUCACAUUCAUCCCCACCCUUCCCCGCCUCACCCACCACAGCAUGUUCUUUAAUCCAGAAACAUGAGGUUCCCCAGGAGACCAAAGCUGUGGCAAAGUUUACAUUUCUUAAAUCUUCUGCAAGAGUGUAAUUUGGGUAACAUUUGUACUGACUAUAAAAAUUCACUGACGGAAUCAGAAUUGUUUAUUUUGUUUCGUGGACUUGUUUCCUCUGACAAAGCAAGGCUCCUCUGAGAAUUUUCUGACUCCCUAAUUAGUUAACAGUUUUGAAUUCCAUAUUCUCAUACCAGUAGGGAUCUUUGAAAACUGAGAGAUGAGAGAUAGCAGAAGAGAAGGGAGAACUCUCACGUGGACUUUGGGAUGUGAACUUAAGUCUGCAGAUCCCUUCACAGCAAGGCACAAUUCUCCCUGUCACUCAGUUAUAGUCUCAACUUGAUAAAAUACUGUUUCUAAGGAGUGCCAAUUAUUCUUCUGGGAAAUGACAAGCCAGCGAGAUUUUUAUUGCAAAUCCAUUCUCAUUAAGUUACCAUACUUUAUGUCUUUGAUUAUUAAAGUAUAUUCUCACUAUAACAAUUUUUAGGAAAUGCUGGAAGGUACAAAGAGUAAGUGAAAACACAAGAAAGAAAUU